CCACCACAUGCCUCACUUCUUGACACGCCCCAGUAUGCUGCCGUUUACUUGAGGAACGCCCAUUUCAAAUAAAAAAAAGAACCUGAAAAAAAUCACCUGACAGCCACAUAAAGAGCAGGUAUGGAAGCUAUUAAAGAGACUGAAGAUUCUCCCAGUGGGACAGAGCUGGAUGACUCAUCCUGCAUAUCCAUGUGUAGCGACAGAUCCAUGAAGAAUCGUACAGAUUUUACAAAAGAAAAAACGGACAGGGACGGGCAUGAUUUUCCAGAGACAAAGGAGCUGGAUGGAGAUGUCAUAUUUAAGCUGGUGGAAAAACACAGCAUGGAGAUUUUUAUGAGUGAAAUUAGAAGGUAUAAAAAGAUGCUCUUUCCACACCUGUCACUCUAUUCUACUGAGAGGGAAAAGCCAGAUGGAGACAAUCUGUCUACUGAAAAUACAAAGCAAGACAUGAGUGCCAGUGAAGGGGUUUUGAGGAUUACAUUACAUGUCUUAAAUAAAAUCGGCCAAAAGGAGCUUGCUAACAAACUGGAGAAACAUAUUUAUGGUGAGCUUGAUGUCUGCCAGCGCAAACUCAGACAAAAACUGAAAAGGUUUGAAUACAUUUAUGAGGGAACAGUACGGCACGGGGACCAGACUCUUCUCAACAAGGUGUACACUGAGCUCUACAUCACAGAAGGACUCAGUGAAAAUGUUAACAAUGAACAUGAGGUCAGGCAGAUUGAGGCUGCAUCAAGGAGAUCAAUGACAAAAGAUAAGCAAAUCAAAUGCGAAGACAUAUUUAAUUCUCUUUGUGGAUCCGAUAGAUUCAUCAGAACUGUGCUCACUACAGGCAUUGCUGGUAUUGGAAAAACUAUCUCUGUGCAGAAGUUUAAUCUUGAAUGGGCAGAAGGAAGAGUGAACCAGGAUAUUCAGCUCCUUAUUAAUUUACCAUUUCGGGAGCUGAAUCUGAUGAAGGAGAGAAGAUACACUCUGACAGAACUUCUUCAUAUUUUUCUCACAGAGGCAAAAGAGUCAGGAAUUUCAGAUUUUAGCAAAUAUAAGCUUGUGCUGAUAUUUGAUGGGCUGGAUGAGUGCCGGCUUCCUCUUGAUUUCAACAACAAUGAGCCCUGUUCUUGUGUCUCAGAGCAAGUUCCAGUAGAUGUGCUUCUGACAAAUCUGUUCAAGGGGAACCUGCUGCCCUCUGCGCACAUCUGGAUUACCACCAGACCCGCAGCUGCACGUCGCAUUCCAGUUAACUGUGUUGAUCGCGUGACAGAGAUACGAGGGUUUAAUGAUCCACAAAAGGAAGAAUACUUCAGGAAAAAAAUCUCAGAUCAAAACAUGGCCAGUAGAGUCAUUUCACAUGUUCAGUCAACCAGGAGCCUUCAUAUCAUGUGCCAUAUUCCAGUCUUCAGCUGGAUAUCUGCCACUGUCCUGCAGAAGAUUUUAGAAGAAAAAAGCCAUGAGAGUAGAGCAGAAAUGCCCAACACACUGACAAAAAUGUACACACAUUUUCUUGUGCACAACUCAUUGAUCAAAUGUCAGAAGUAUUCACUCAGGGAAGAGGUUUGUGAAACCCAAUCACAGGUCAAAAUGAACGAAGAGAUGAUCUUGAAGCUUGGAAAACUAGCCUUUGAGCAGCUACUGAAGGGAAACAUAAUCUUCUAUGAGAAUGAAAUCAGCGAGUACGAAAUAAAUGUCAGCGACACUGCAGUAUAUUCAGGAGUAUUCACAGAGAUCUCAAAGAAUGAUUUUGGAAUUCAUCUAAAGAGAUCAUAUUGCUUUGUGCACCUCAGCAUUCAGGAGUAUUUUGCUGCAGUGUAUGUUUUCCACACCUUCAUUUGCUCUAACCUAAACUUGUUGGAACCAGAAGGAUCCCUCACUGUCCAAGAAGCUUCUAGUGAAGUAACUGGCCUUCUCCAAAGUGCAGUGGAUAAGGCCUUACAAAGUGAGAAUGGUCAGCUUGAUCUUUUUCUCCGCUUCCUUCUUGGCCUCUCACAGGAAUCAGAUCAGUUGAAGAGUAUUCUUGCCACCAUGAGGAGUACUUUACCAAAUAACGAGGAAGUUAUUGAGUACAUCAAGGAGAAAAUCAGUCAAAAUCUUUCCCCAGAAAGAUGCAUCAAUCUCUUCCACUGCCUCAGUGAGCUUAAUGACCAGUCUCUUGUAGAGGAGAUCCAAAAGUGUCUGAGUUCUGGUAGUUUGUCAGAAAUCACACUUUCACCUUCACUUUGGUCUGCUCUGGUUUUUGUGUUGCUGACAUCCAAGGAUGAGUUGAAUGAGUUUGAUCUGAGAAAAUAUUCCAGAUCUGAGGAGGGUCUCCAGCGGCUGUUACCGGUGAUUAAGGAAUCCAAAGUAGCCUUGCUUAAAGAAUGCAACCUUACUGAGAAAUGCUGUGAGAUGCUUUCCACAGUUCUAUUUAGCUCAUGUCUAAAAGAGCUGGACUUGAGUGAUAAUGACCUGCAAGACAAAGGAGUAAAACUUCUCCUUGAUGGACUGGGAAAUACUGCAUGCCAGCUGGAAAAACUUAGUUUGGCAUUCUGUGGAAUCACUGACUCGGGCUGUGACUCUUUGGCUAAAGCUCUGACUUCUAGCCUCAAACACUUGAAGGAGCUGGACUUGAGGUACAAUCAUCCUGGGGAGUUGGGAAAGAAGCACCUCUCCUCCAUAGAGAAGGACCCUGAUCACCUCAGUAUCAGGAUAAGUGACAGUGGGGAGUGUUACUUAAAAUCAGCUCUGAAGAAAUAUGCACAAGAGCUGACUGUGAACAUGAACACAGCACAUUCAGAACUAUCUUUUUCUGAAGACAAGAAAAAAAUGAAACGAAUGGAAGAAAGUCAGCAAUACCCUGACAACCCAGAGAGAUUUGAAGACUGGGGACAAGUGCUUUGUAAUGAGGGUCUCCGUGAUCGGUGCUACUGGGAAAUAGAGUGGUCUGGGGAAUGGAUGGGUAUAGGAGUUGCAUAUAAAGGAAUCAGCAGGAAAGGUAAAGGGAAUGAACCAGUCCUUGGCUACAAUGAUCAGUCCUGGAGUCUACGCUACUGCAAAGGCAAAUACACCGUCUGGCACAAUAAGAAUGAUGAUGCACCCAUAUCUGUUCCCUAUUUCAACUCCAAGAGGGUUGGAGUGUUCUUAGACUGCCCAGCUGGCACGCUGUCUUUCUAUGCAGUGUCUUCACAGACCAUGAUUCACCUGCACACUUUCCACACUGAAUUCACUGAGCCAUUGUUUCCAGGCUUCAGACUGGGAGAGCCACAUGCUACAUUAAUUUUACACCAGCCAGAAUAUCUUUAAAUGGUGAUAGCCCCUGCAGACAACAGUUUUUAGAGUACAGUUUUACAGUAUUGACAAUUAUGUGAACGCUGUAAAACAAAUGAAGGGAUUUCAGAAGACCUUGUAUGUAAGUGAUUUCAACAAAAGUUUUUUUUUUGUUGUUUUUUUUAAAUCGAGUUCUAGUUUUGUAGCAAGUGGAUAUCAAAGCUGUGAAAAGCUGUUUGUCUUUAACCCUGAAUUGAAUCAGCAGAAGAGAAAGGAAGGAUGUAUAUUUUUUUUUUUUUUUUUUUUUUGUAUUACAUAUUUUAAAUCUUAAUAUCUAUUUUCUGUAAUGACUUUGUUAUAUAUGUUAAAGUGUUUGUAUUAUGUUUUUUAUGCUUUUGGGAUGAGGGAUGGGAUAUGGAUCAUUGGUGACAGUAUUGAGAAAAUAUACUAGAAGCUUGUGAAAUCAAGCUGUAAUAAAUAAUUGUCAGAACGAUCCCAUUGCAAACCAAAAAUGUGGGCACUGGAUUUAUUUUCACAUUUUAAAAAUACAGAUAAACGUAGAUGUCGAAAGCAAGAAGGUACUGGGCUCACAUCCACCAUCUGCCUGGGCUCUUUGAGUUUGCAUGCUAUGAGAAUGUUUCCAUGUCCAGUCCAAAGACAUGCAGUUAGUGGGCUUGGCUUAAUUGGUUAUCUGAAUGGGCAUGAUUGCAAGUGGAUAUCAGCGUGGGGAAAAAAAACCCCACACAGCAACUCACUCACAUAUUAACAAUGAUUAACUGGAAAAAUAUAUUUUGUCCUCAGUCAUAAAAUGUUUUGUGGCACUGGUUCUUCCUAUGGGUCAAAUGUAAUGUUAGUAGUUUUAGCUUCAGUCAUGUUAUUGAUCAGCCACAACAGUAAAACCACUGACAGAUUUUAAAUGUGUCCCCUGCACUCAAAGAACUGUUCAGGAACAAUUAAACGAUUACAGCAAAGAACCAAAA